ACAGUUAAUCUGGCAACUAUCUGCUGCCAGAAACUGAAUUCGUCGAAAAAGAUAUAAAGCAAGCUUAAUACGGAAAUAAAAAAAUCGAUCGUUAAAUCUGUUGGAAUUAAAAGGGAUAUUUCCAGAAAUUACAUUGUUGGAUAUAUCACCAGUUUCUUUUGUAUAGUUUAUUUUUUCUUCCUUUAAUCUUUUGACUACGGAACGGUGUUAACGUCAACCUUGAGAAAGAGCACCAUUUUGUUGUUUCAGUGAAGCUGAGAAGUGGGAAAUCCCUUUUCCAACAUGGAUAAAUUUAAUCUAAUGAAGAACAGAACGGAUGUCAUAGUCGGCGGCAAAUACAGACUCAGCCGCAAAAUAGGAAGCGGCUCCUUUGGUGACAUCUAUCUGGGCAUAAGCAUACAGAGUGGCGAAGAAGUCGCCGUUAAAAUGGAAAGUACAUCUGCUCGUCAUCCUCAGUUGCAGUACGAAGCAAAAUUGUAUCGCAUUUUAAGCGGCGGUGUCGGUAUACCACGCAUUCGUCAUCAUGGCAAAGAGAAGAAUUUCAAUAUACUAGUAAUGGACCUGUUGGGUCCCUCAUUGGAAGAUUUAUUUAACUUUUGCACGCGCCAUUUUACAAUUAAAACCGUUCUGAUGCUGGUUGAUCAAAUGAUUGGACGCUUGGAAUACAUUCACUUGAAGUGCUUUAUUCAUCGCGAUAUCAAGCCGGAUAAUUUUCUAAUGGGCAUAGGGCGUCACUGCAAUAAAUUGUUUUUAAUUGAUUUCGGUUUGGCUAAAAAGUACCGCGAUCCUACCACUCGCAGCCAUAUCGGUUAUCGGGAGGAUAAAAACUUGACUGGAACUGCACGUUAUGCAUCCAUUAAUGCCCAUUUGGGUAUUGAACAAUCCCGUAGAGAUGAUAUGGAAUCAUUGGGCUAUGUUAUGAUGUACUUCAAUCGCAGUGUUUUGCCAUGGCAAGGAAUGAAGGCCACCAACAAGCAGCAGAAAUAUGAAAAGAUAUCGGAAAAGAAGAUGUCGACACCAAUUGAAGUUCUAUGCAAAGGUUUUCCAGCUGAAUUUUCUAUGUAUUUGAAUUACUGUCGCAGUUUGCGUUUCGAUGAACAGCCCGAUUACAUGUACCUACGCCAGUUAUUCAGAAUACUCUUCCGCACCUUGAAUCAUCAGUACGAUUACAUUUACGAUUGGACAAUGCUGAAACAGAAGACCCAUCAAAGUCAACCGAAUACGGCGCUUCUAUUAGGCCAAGCCGAGACCCGUAACGACAGAGAACGGGAAAGAGAGAAGGAGAAAGAGAAAGCGAGCGGCAAGACUAUGCUCUCUGAAUAAUUUUAACUUUUAUGCUUAAACAAAUAGUUAAAUAUUAACUCAUGUAAAAUUCAACAAAUACAAAAUUUGCAUACAAUUAUUGCUGCAAAAUAAUUUGCAUCAUCCACUAAAAAUAUAUAUUACGAUAAUUAUUAAUAUUAAUAAUUUUGAAUUAUGUCAAUAAAUGCUAACUGUGUUGGAGUUAAAACAAAAACAAAGUUAUAAUAAAAACAACAAAAACGAAAAAUAAAAUAAAAAUAAAAUAUAAUAGAAAACAACAAAUAACAGAUGAUAUUUUAAGAAUCUAGAGAAUGUAUCGAAACUUCUUAAUACAUACACAUACAAACACCCACACACACACACACACACACACACCUUAUAAUAUUACAAAUAAUUACAAUAUCGAAACUAAUAAAGUUUUAAAAUGUA